CGAGUAAUAAUAGUAUCAUUUACACGCCUGCCUCAUUGGAAACACUCUGUUGAUCAAAGUGGUUUUCCUUGAUAAUCUUGUGCUGCUGCUCCUUGCGCCUAUUCUCUACUUGUUUCUUCCACCCAGAGAACAAGAUAUCUUUUUGCAUUCAAUCAUCGUUCCAACCCAUCAGUGUCAGUCAAAAUGAUCGCUCGCAACGCAAGGCCGAAGCUUUCACUGUGCACCUCCGCUGCGCAAAAUACUUCUCGUCAGCCUCUGUCCCUCAAGUCUCCCAGCGCCAUACCGCGCACUCCGAUUUCCCCUGCAAGCCCGAGUGCAAAGCGGUUCACGUCUUUCCAAGUACCAAGCUACGCCUACAACAACUCGUGCUCGUCUAAGAGUAUCCUCAAGAAACAUUCGGGCGCCUCAAGUCACGCAGAAAAGCGGAUUCAGUUCAAGGGCACUCCCACUGUCCACUGUGUCACGCCCAUCGAGAAUCCCGAGGAGUACUAUGGCACUUACACCAAGUUGUCACGCGAGGAGCGACGUUGGAUGGUUCGUGAAUGAAGGAGAGGCUGAUGU